AUGAAGCUUCUCUUACUAAUUUACCUGCUCGGAUCUGCCGGAGGAGCAUCAGGUCAGCCUGAUGAGCCUCUUGGCUCUAUUGAUCAUCGAGCUUCAAUUCAGCAACUUCCAGGUGAGCACUCUUUAAGUGAGCAUUCUUCAGGCGAGCACUCCUCAAGUGACCAUUCUUCUAGCGAGAACUCUUCAGGUGACCAAGCUUCUGGUGAACAGACUUUGGCUGAACAAUCUUCCAGUGAAAAGCCUUCAGGUGAAAAGCCUUCAGGUGAAAAAGCUUCUGGGGAAAAGUCUUCAGGUGAACAGGCAUCAGGCGAAAAGCCUUCAGGUGAACAGGCUUCAGGUGAAAAAUCUUUGGGUGAAAAGACUUCUGACUCUUCACAGGGCACAGGAUUAAACUGCCAUACGUGUUCUUACAUGAAUGAGCAAGGAAAAUGUCUUCGUGGGGAGGGAGUCUGUGUCACUCAGAAUUCCCAGCAGUGCAUGUUAAAGAAGAUCUUUGAAGGUGGAAAACUCCAGUUCAUGGUUCAGGGGUGUGAGAACAUGUGCCCAUCUAUGAACCUCUUCUCCCAUGGAACCAGGAUGCAAAUUAUAUGCUGUCGGAAUCAAUCUUUCUGCAACAAGAUCUAAAAGUCUGUGCCCUUCCCUCCCUUGCUUCUUGCUCUGACUCAGGCAGCAAAAGGCCUCCUCCGUCCCUCUACUGGGCACAAUUUAUAUUUCAUGUUUUCCCUAGUCAACAACUAAUCACAUCUGCCUCUGCCAGAGUCCCAGACAGGAUGCUCAAAUACAGAAGCCCUCAUUUAUCUCAUCUUCCCACACCUGUUCAUUCCGUUAUCUACUUCUCUCUCUGUCUUCCCUGCUCCCUUCCCCCAUCUCCCAACAGCUCUUUUCAAUAAAUUCCAUGACUAAAGAACACAGACUCCAGACAGAUUUUUCCUAUCAGUUUCAGGGUCAGCCUGAGCCUCCUUACACCUCAUGGCAUUUUGGAACCAUUCCAUAUGGUGAAAGUGAAAGGUCCUGCCUUGGAUUUAAUUGUGUCACCCAGAAAUGUGUGUCAACUUGGCUAGGCCAUGAUUCCCAGUAUUAUGUGAUUGUCCUCCUUUUUGUGAUCUGAUUAUCCUACAUUUUGUGAUUUAUUGUAAACCUUAGCCUCUAUCCCAGUGGUUGGAGCCCCAGUGGUGCAGUGGUUAAAUGUUACCGCUGCUAACCAAAAGGUCAACAGUUCAAAUCCACCAGCCACUCCUUGGAAACCCUAUAGGACAGUUCUA